AAACACUCCCACACACGCUCGCUCUCUCACACUCCCCCAUCCUCCCUCUCUCCCGCGCACGCCGAUCGAGGAUCACAGCACCGAACAACACAAUGAGCAACCACACGCGUUGAAUGGCCGUGGAGCGGUAAUGAGCGGAUGUUGACGACGACGACGACGACACCAAUAACAGUAAUAGCAAAGACGGCGGCGGUGGGGGAUCCGACCUGCAGCACCGACAAGAUGGGCAUCAUGGACAGCAACCACAGCAGUGCAGCGACGAGAUGCAACAACUGGUACCAACGGAGUGUUAGGAAACCAGCCGAGCUGUAUUACCAACGAUACAUUGUUGAGCUCGUUCUGCGCCGCAAGCCUCUGCCUGUAAGCAAGGACGGCAGACAUGUCUCGUGUCGAGCAACCCACGAACAGCCUCUCAUUGACGAGAGGCGUGGCCAUGCCUACUUGUCCAACACCAUACGUUCCUCCCGCUAUACCAUCUAUGAUUUCCUUCCCAAGCAAAUCUUCUUCCAGGCUACUCGUCUCCAUAACUUCUACUUCAUCUGCAUUGGUAUCCCACAAGCCAUACCCGGGUUGUCCACUACUGGCAACUACACUACCAUUUUGCCACUGACCUUCUUUAUCCUCUUGACAGUGUUGAAGGAGGGCUACGAUGAUUGGGGCAGGCAUCGCAUGGACAAUGUGGAGAAUAACAAACUCUCUAGGGUCCUGCGGCUGAAGCAGCACUCUUCACCUCAGCAGGAAGUGAGAAAGUCGCUGGCCAGGACAGUGUUGGAGCGUUCCGUCCUACGAUGGGCGGGGAAGAUCGAACCAGACAUGACCCUCGAGAAUGAGCCCGACGAGGACGACGAGCUGACUUGGGACUGCGCCACGAAAUGGCACGAUAUCAAAGUCGGGGAUGUUCUCAAGCUGAAGCGCGAUGAGCCUAUCCCAGCAGAUAUCGUGUUGCUCUACAGCACGGGCGAGAAUGGCAUCGCCUUUGUCGAGACCAUGGCUCUUGACGGGGAAACCACUCUGAAGACCAAGCAAGCCCCUCCAGACUUGCUUAAACGUUGUUCCACCCUGACAGAACUGAAGAAUCUCCAAGCUGAACUUCAUGUGGAGGACCCAAAUAAGGACCUUUAUGAUUUCAAUGGCAAGCUCGCAAUUGAAGGCAAGACCCUUCCACUGACAUUGAACGAGGUUGUCAUGCGAGGGAGCGUCCUGCGUAAUACGGGCCAUAUCUACGGCAUCGUCAUCAACACGGGAGAAGAAUGCAAAAUUCGCAUGAACGCCAAUCACCACGCUCCAGCUAAAGUCCCUCGGCUUGAAAAGUACGCCAAUCAGAUUGUGUUGACCUUGAUUUUCUACGUUGUGGUGCUCUCUGUGGGUGUAUCUGGUGGCUACUUGAUAUGGCACCAUAAUUUUGAAAAAGGUGCAUGGUACCUGCAUGAUGCUGCGCCGGAAUUCAAGCAAAUCAUCAUUGGAUACCUCAUCAUGUUCAACAACGUGAUACCGCUGGCCUUGUACGUGUCGUUGGAGAUUGUCAAGAUUGGUCAAAGGCUCAUGGUGCAGAGCGACGUGGGCAUGUUUGACGAAGCAAGCGGCACUCCUAUGAGCUGUAACACGAACACCAUUCUGGAAGAUCUGGGUCAAAUAAGCUACAUUCUCUCCGAUAAGACGGGCACUCUCACGGAAAACGUAAUGAACUUUCAGUUCCUGUCAUGUGGUGGUAUAGUUUGGGCCCACGAUAAAGAUGCAGUCGUGUCAUCCACGAAAACAGAACAGCCUGGCUUGAAGGCGUCAUCCACUGCUCAUCCCGGAAAGGUCGAUGCUGACAAGAUCGUCGUGGAGACACGAGAAGUGGGCGAAGGCUCAUCAAGCCACACUCACCUUCCUCGCAAGUCGCAGACCUUAUCACGAAAGUCGAUGCAGCAUCAUCGACCUGCAGAACGGACUAUAGCCGAGUUGCUGGGGCUCAUUCGGCGAGACCCACAUUCGCCAAUGGCGCGAAGAGGGCGAGAAUUCAUCUUAGGGAUGGCACUUUGCCAUACUGCCUUACCCGAGGUCAAGAAGGACGGCAUCGAUUUCCAGGCCUCAAGCCCCGACGAGGUGGCACUAGUUCGCGCAGCAAAAGAGAUGGGAUUUAUUGUUGUAAAUCGCACGUCGCAGAAGAUUGAACUUUUGGUCCAAUCCGGUCACAAGGAGACGCGAGAAGUGUACGAGAUCCUGGAAGUCAUUGAGUUUAGCAGCAAGCGGAAACGUAUGUCCAUCGUAGUAAGGUGCCCUGAUGGUCGUGUUUGGCUCAUCUGCAAAGGUGCAGACAGCGCGAUCAUUCCUCGCCUGCGACAGUCUCAGCUGGCAGCUCGCAAGUCCGCGGAAGUACGUCGUAGCAUGGAUGCCAGCAGACAGCUCCUUCGAAAGAGCAUGCAGGAGUGCAGGAACAGCUUUGGGGGUAGACCAAGUUUGCACGAGCGCGGGAGAAGUUCGAUGGAUGUGCGACAUUCAAUGACCAUCGACAGAGCGCGGUCGACAGAGUUGCGCCCGAUCUUUGCUCAGGGAAGAGCCACGCUCGAGUUGCCCACGAUCAGCCUUGAUCCGGGCAGUCUACGGGACGAUGUUCGCGCUCUGGAGCAUGCCGAUGAUGCAGUUCUGUUCUCCAAGUGCUUCCAGCAUAUGGACGAUUUCGCCUCGGAAGGGCUCCGAACUCUGCUCUACUCGCACAACUAUGUCGAACCGGAGGAGUAUCUUUCGUGGAGUAAGCUGUACCGAGAGGCCACCACUUCUCUCGUGAAUCGACAAGAACGAAUUGAAGAUGCGGCUGAAAUCAUCGAGCAAGGAAUGGGUUUGCUUGGAUGCACGGCCAUUGAAGAUCGCCUCCAGGAUGGUGUGCCGGAAACCAUCGAUCGCUUACAGCGUGCCAACAUUCGCAUUUGGAUGCUCACGGGCGACAAACGGGAAACUGCCAUCAACAUUGCGCAUUCGGCACGCAUCUGUCGACCUGCUUCGCUCAUUCACAUCCUGGAUAGCACCAAGGGCGACCUGCAAGGCCAAAUGAGCGACAUUGUGUAUGAUGGCGACAGUCAUAGCGUGGCUGUCAUCGAUGGCCAUACCCUCUCUGUCAUUGACACCGAUCCGCAGUUGCGAUUGUUGUUCUUCACCACUCUGAUUGCGAACGUCGACUCGGUCAUUGUGUGCCGCGCCUCUCCCGCCCAGAAGGCAGAUAUCGUGGUGGCAAUCCGAGCUCGCUUGCCCGGUCUCACCCUCGCAAUCGGUGAUGGAGCCAAUGAUAUUGCCAUGAUCCAGGCCGCUCACGUUGGUAUCGGCAUCUCUGGCAAAGAAGGACUGCAAGCAGCUCGCGUCGCCGACUUCAGCAUUGCGCAAUUCCGUUUCCUCCAACGACUUCUCCUCGUGCAUGGUCGCUACCAGUACAUCCGAACAGCACGAUUUAUUCUACUGACGUUUUGGAAGGAGAUGUACUUUUAUUUUAUGCAAGCUUUGUUUCAGAAGCAAGAUGGCUUUACUGGGACCUCUCUGUACGAACAGUGGUCGCUGACUGUCCUCAAUACGCUGUUCACGUCACUCUGUGUGAUUGUACCAGGAAUCUUCGAAAAGGACCUCCAUGAGAACACUCUUCUGGCGGUGCCAGAACUGUACAGUUUCGGCCAGCGCAACAAAGGUCUCAAUCUCAGGAUGUAUUUUGCUUGGAUCGUACAUGCCGCGGCCCAAGGGAUCUUGGUCUGGUACAUCUGCUGGAAAUUCUAUGGCCCAGCCAAUGUCAUGGGAGACACUGGGCUUUUUGCACUGGGAAACUUGUGUUUCUCUCUUGGCAUCAUUUGGACGAACUGGAAAUGUCUGUUCAUCGAAACUCAUUACAAGACUCUCAUCGUCGCUGGAUCCUUGGCAAUUACAGUCGGCGGUUGGUGGGCAUGGAACGGCUUCAUGUCUCACAUCUAUGGGAAUAACCUGUCGCCGUACGAUGUUCGAGGAGGUUUCCAUGAGGUAUUUGGCCGGGAUCCGAACUGGUGGCUGACUCUUCUAUUGGCAUUUGGAGUGCUCUGUACGAUGGAGUGGGCGUACGCUGCUGCCAAGAGAAAUCUUGUCGUGGCGAGAUGUUGGCCUCCGUGGAAGUUUACCCGGUGGCAUCGCAAUCGCAAUGGCAACGCCGAGGACCUCGAGCUGGAGCUGUGGCAGGAGAUGGAGAAGGAUGCUAUGAUACAGAAACAAUUGGGCCGCAUGGCGAGAGACGAAGACGACGCGGAGGAGGACACGCUGGAAUUAAUGAUUGAUGAGAGUGAGGUGUGGAGCAGUGACAAGAAGCCCAAGAAGCGACUUUGGUUGUGGUAGAUCCAGGAGGGGGGGCAAUCUCUUUUUUUUGGGCGGCGGGUGUGCAUCGCAGUACAUGAUAUACGAUGUGGACGUGGUAAUAAUGAUUUGAUGAUACCCUGCUGGCGAUUGGCAUAUACACGGUUACCAAAGCAUAAGGUCAUGUAGGGAUUGGAAAUGUACAUAUGAGCACCACGACACUAUAACUUAUAAGGUAGUGAUAGAACACGCAUCAAGAC